UACCGGUAUGAACCGAAUAUUAUAUUCUUGUCUGAUGCUCCCUUAGGUAAGAAAAAAAAAAAAAAAAACGACUACGAGCGUUCGGUCGGGAAAACUUUACAUCCACAACAAAAAUUUAAAUAGAACAAGAUCUGCCACGUGACAAGAUCGUGUUUUGAACGACCAGAAAACCUUGUCACGCACGUUGGACUUCGUAAACAAAUCACAAGAUUUUCUUUACACGUGUACAAACGUACCACAUCUGAAGCUGUCACACUUAAGCAGACGACAGUAAGACGGUAUUUUAUUCUACUAAUUCGAAGAAAGUGAAGCAAAAUGAGUGGAAUCACGAUUCAAGCAAAUGGAAAAUGUUCCAACGAAAGAAUUCUCACCGGAGAAACGAUGAAUCCAUUCGUGAAACAGAUAGAGUAUGCAGUCAGAGGGGCGAUUGUCGAACGAGCCUCAGCCUUGGAGAAAGAAUUGGCGAAGGGUGCACAGAAACCUUUCAAUGAGGUAGUAAAAGCAAACAUUGGAGAUGCUCAUGCCCUUGGAAUGAAACCACUUACUUUUCCACGACAGGUUAUUGCCAUGUGUGUAUGUCCAGAACUUAUUGAUAGUGCUGACUUUCCAGCUGAUGCCAAAGCAAAAGCUAGGAGUAUAUUGAAUGCCACAAAGGGCCACAGUAUGGGUGCGUACUCAGAUUCUCAAGGUCUGGAAGAUAUUCGGAAAAAUGUGAUCAAAUACAUCAGUGAACGUGAUGGUUACCCUUCGAAUCCAAGCCACAUUUACCUCACAAGUGGUGCUAGUGAGGGCAUAAGGGCUAUCUUAAAAUUACUUCAGACAAGUGUCAACACUGGGAAUGGAAGGGCUGGCAUUAUGAUUCCAAUACCACAGUAUCCUCUUUAUUCAGCAACAUUGUCUGAGCUAAACUCUUACCAGAUCAAUUAUUACCUUGAUGAGGGGAAUGGAUGGGCACUAGACAUUGAUGACAUGAAAAGGGCUCUAAAUGAAGCCAGACCUUACUGUGUGCCUCGUGCUUUGUGUGUCAUAAAUCCUGGUAAUCCAACAGGUCAAGUUCUUUCUUAUGACAACAUCAAAGACAUUAUUAAGUUUUGCAAAGAAGAGAAACUUGUUUUACUGGCAGAUGAGGUAUAUCAAGCAAAUAUUUAUGGUGAAGGUGCAAAGUUCUACUCCUUCAAAAAGGUCCUUGGGGAUUUGGGCCCAGACUUUGAAGACUUUGAACUUAUUUCAUUCCAUUCAACAUCCAAAGGAUUUCUUGGAGAAUGUGGCUUUAGAGGAGGUUAUAUGGAAAUUGUAGGAAUGGAUGAUGAAGUCAGAUUCCAGUUAAAAAAGAUGAUGUCAGCAAAACUUUGCUCUUGUAUCACAGGACAGGCAAUGAUGGACUGCUUGGUGAGUCCACCUCAACCUGGUGACAUAUCAUAUGACACAUUCAUCAAGGAGAAAACAGCAGUGCUUCAGUCAUUGAAAGACAGGGCCAAACUGGUUGCGGAGACAUUCAACUCAAUAGAGGGUAUUAAGUGUAAUGAAGUUAUGGGUGCCAUGUAUGCCUUCCCCAAUGUGUCUAUCCCCAAGAGGGCACAAGAAGAGGCAAAGUCCAGAGGUAUGCCUCCUGACAGUUUUUAUGCUCUGGAGUUGUUGGAGAAAACAGGAUUGUGUGUUGUACCAGGAAAUGGUUUUGGACAAAGGGAUGGAACAUUCCAUUUUAGGCUGACGAUUUUACCUCCCAUUGAAGUACUCAAGCCUCUGUUUGAACGUUUUAAAGUCUUCCAUCAGGAGUUUAUGCGAAAAUACAGAGAUCCCAACUCAGCUUUAUAAUUCAGUGUUUGCCUUUGAUUGCUAGAAGAAGUUAAUUUUACAAUUUAUGAAAUUUUAUUUCUUGGCUUUGAAUGGGAUUAAAGAGUACUUGACCUUCUGGUUAAUGUGGAAUGUCCAAAGUAUGUCUCUUAAAAGAAGUGCAAAGCCUUUGAUCUGAGAAAGAAUUUCUAUUUCCAAGCAAAGAAAACUAAUUUCUGCAAGUCUAUUAUUUGCUCAGAUCACCAAAAUGGCCCACAAAGAGCGUGGAUUAAGUUUUUUUUACUUGACCUGAAUUUUUUAAGCUGAAAAACUUCAAGAAUUAGCCAUAAAGGGUGUGUAGCCAUAUGGAGUCUUUUUUGGAUCCGUUAAGCUACUUAAGAACCAGAAAGAAUUUGGAAAGUGGCAGAGGAUGGAUUUCAGUCUGGAAAACAAGCGAGGCACUGAAUUGCAAAUACAGAACAUGGACCUGAAGGGUCCAAAGAUCACAAGAUCCAUAACACAUGUUUUUCAAUACUAAUCUAAGUACCAGUUCUGAAUCAAACAUUUUUUGUAUCAUUAAUGUAAAUACAAUGUUAAGGUUAAUAAGGUUGAAGUUUUCCAUAAAGGUGAGGGACAAUUUAAAAAGUUUCCAAUUGUCCUUUGUGUCACAGUGAGGUCAGCUGCAAUGAGCAGUAGAUCUCAACAUUUCAUUGUAAUACCAGUAACUUAACACAGAUGAGGGUUAUCAUUGUUCAGUUGAAAUGCCACAAUCUACAAUAUCUGACCACUCUGUGACAACAACUAUUGACACUUAAAUUAUUAUGGGUGUAUGUUACAAGCGCAUUUUGAUACCAUCAAUAUUGAAUACUUGAAAUAUUUAUUAUGUGUGCAUUACAAUUAAGAUUAUAACGUUACACUAGUUUAGUUAUAUAUUUAUGAAUUAAAAAUUCAUUCAACAGAUGUA